AUGAACAAGAAGUGGUCUCUACGAAUCCUUUCCUGCCGCUUUAGUUCACCGCGAGUCGGCAUACUCCUUCUACGGUUGGAUUCAAACAAGACCCUCAAAAUCGUUCAGGUCUAUGCCAGCGACGUCGAUGAGGUUGAAAAACUCUAUGCGGAGCUCGAAUCAACUCUCACCGUCAAGGCUACCUAUACGGUAGUGAUGGGCGACUUCAACGCAAAACUCGGUCGAUGA